AUGGCCGCGGUGCCGCCGACCUUUGGUUUUACGCAGGAGCAGGUGUCUUGUGUAUGCGAGGUACUGCAGCAGGGUGGAAGCAUCGAGCGCCUCGGUCGGUUCCUUUGGUCCCUACCAGCUUGUGAGCACCUGCACAAGAACGAGAGUGUACUCAAGGCCAAGUCUGUGGUGGCUUUCCACCGGGGGAACUUCAGAGAGUUUUACAAAAUACUGGAGAGCCACCAGUUCUCCCCACACAACCACACCAAACUACAGCAGCUCUGGCUCAAAGCGCACUACAUCGAGGCAGAGAAGCUGCGCGGCCGGCCUCUCGGAGCUGUGGGGAAAUACCGAGUGCGCAGAAAGUUUCCCCUGCCGAGAACCAUCUGGGACGGAGAGGAGACCAGCUACUGCUUCAAAGAGAAAAGUCGCUGCGUACUGAAGGAAUGGUUCUCUCAUAAUCCAUACCCUUCACCCAGAGAGAAGCGAGAACUGGCAGAGGCCACUGGGCUCACCACCACUCAGGUCAGCAACUGGUUCAAGAAUCGACGGCAGAGAGACCGCGCCGCCGAGGCCAAGGAGAGGGAAAACGAGGGAGCAAGUCAGAACGGCCACAACCCUCUGGCGUCUCAAAUAACCGAGAACAAAUCUCAGUGCGAGAGCUCGGAGGAUGAUAAAUCUCCUCCAGGGACCCCAGAUCAUCCGUCCAUGAGUCCUGCUCUGCUCAUGCCCCCCAGCUCCGGCCUGCCACCACUGCACAGCUUUGCUCCUCCGGCCGGUCCCAGCGCCUCUGACUCUCAUCAUCCACUUCUUCAUCACCCUCAUCUUCACAUCCACCAUGAGCAGCUAAACCAUCAUGAUCAUCUCUCUAUGCACGACGGUCUUCUUAACCCAAUGGCGGCCAGCCUAGUGGACCUGGGUUCUUAACGGCUCGAGAGGGGAUCACAGCGCAUGCGCAAUGCGUAAAAAGACUACGCCUACAUUUAUUGAUGAUGAAGUAAACCACGCAUUAAUUCCCCCAAUGCUGUAUUACAAAUACUUUAUUGAGGAACUGACUUCAAUAAGUGUAAUGUAUUAGGACAUCUUCUAUUAUUGUAAACCAGUAGCCGAUUUUCUAAUAAAAGACCAAAGAGCGACAAGCA